UUGAAAUCAGUCUGUAUUUGGAGUGGCUCAAAGCCGGACGUGUUUGUUGGAUAAAAAUUCGGGAAUGUGUUGGUUAAAUUAAGUGAAAAAGUUUUGGUUUUUAUGAAGGCGUAACGCAAAUUUAUUGCGAUAUCCUUUUUUUCGCAAUACUUAAAGCCGUUCCAAUACAAAUUUAUAAAAAGAAAAAGAAAUGAGAACUAAUACUGUGAUAUUUACGACGCUCGUGGCAUUGAUAGCCUCGCUUUGUCUCCUCAAUGUGCCCCUCGUAGCCGGGGAUGAAGAGCCACAUUGCAUUUGGUAUGGCCAGAGCCAUAUGGAGGGUAUACAUUGGCUAAACAGAGCCACAAACAUAACAGCACAGCCGCUGACGGAUGAAAGUGCCGAGGCGAUAUAUAAGCGGCGUUGCCCUACGUGGUAUGCUGAAUACAAAGCCGCUGAUCCAGAUGGCCCACUCGAACUCUGCUGCGACGCUGACCAAAUUAUGACGAUGAGCUCAGGUAUGUCACAAGCUGACGGCGUUUACGCACGCUGUCCUACUUGUGUGUUUAAUAUGGGCCUAUCGAUUUGCGGCAUGACUUGCGCGAAGAAUCAAAGUCUUUUCAUGGUACCGUACAGUGAGACAUAUGACGACCAUGAAUACGUAACGGAAGUUGACUUUCGCAUUGAUGAUGAUUCCGUGCAGCGUAUCUACGACAGCUGUUCGAGCAUCCAGCAUACACAGACGGGUCGACCGGCAAUGGAUUUGGCUUGUGGUGCUUACAAUUCAAAAACGUGCGAUCAUCGUAAAUGGUAUAAUUUCAUGGGUGACCCAACGCUAAGUGAUUACGUGCCAUUCCCAAUAAAUUACCAAUUUUUAAAUGAGAGUAGUGAGGAGGUCCGCCUGGUAUUGUAUGCGAAAAAUUGCUCAGAAGCCUAUGAGGGCACAUACGCCUGUUCGUGUGUAGAUUGCAGCGACUCUUGCCCAUAUACCGAUCCGCCCACUGGUGUGGCGGAAGGCUUCAUGAUCGCUGGCCUCUACGGCAUCACUUUCAUAGUUUCACUUGUUUUCGGUGGACUCGUGAUGGUCUUCGUACUUUGUGGCUCUCUAAAUAUCUGUAAGCCGAAAAUAAGUCUUUCUGCAUGUUGCACGGGUUUCGGUUCCAUAAAUGUAUUGCUGUCAAAAAUGUUUCGUGCUUGGGGUUACUUCUGUGCUAAAAACCCUGUGCUUAUUCUGGCUAUUUGCUCUUGGGUAAUUGCUGGUCUCAGUUAUGGUAUCAUAUACUUGGAUGUGACGACAGACCCUAUCGAUAUUUGGGCCGGCGUUGACAGUCAAACGCGUUUAGAGAAAGAUUACUUCGAUGAGCAUUUCGGACCUUUCUAUCGGACGAAUCAGAUCUUCUUCAAACCGUUCAACCAAACUUCGUUUACACACAACACAUCCACGGGCGUUUUGACUUUUGGUCCUGCAUUCGAAAAGAGUUUUCUUAAAGAAGUAUUCCAACUACAACAACAAAUUGAGAACUUGGUUACCGAAAAUGGUGUAACCUUGGCCGAUGUUUGCUACGCGCCCGUGUUAUAUCCGGGAGAGACGGCAACCACCGAUAACUGUUUAGUGCAAUCAAUUUUCGGUUACUUCCAAAACGAUUUGGAUGAAUUUGAAAACGAAUACACCGAUAGUUAUGGCUAUAUCAAUAAUUACCUCAAUCAAUUAGCGGAUUGUCUGCGCGUGCCGAUGUUGGAGUCUUGUUUCGGUACUUAUGGUGGUCCCAUUGAGCCAGCUAUAUCGGUUGGUGGUAUGCCCGAAGUAUCAGUAGACGACGACCCCGACUAUCAGCUUGCCACCGGCUUGGUCAUAACAUUUGUGGGCAAAAAUAGACUUUCUACAAAUCUUCUUAAACCCAAUAUGGAGUGGGAAUUAGCUUUCGUCGAUUUCCUUAAAAAUUUCACCAGUGACAAUAUGGAAAUCGCUUUUUCCGCAGAGAGAUCCAUACAGGAUGGCAUCGUCGAAUUAUCAAAAGGCGAGGCUUCUACUGUCGUCAUCAGUUAUGUUGUUAUGUUCGUGUACGUCGCUUUUGCGUUGGGAAAGAUACGCAGCUGCGUCGGCUUCUUCCGUGAAUCGAAAAUAAUACUCGCCAUCGCUGGUAUUAUAGUAGUGCUAGCUUCUGUUGUUUGCAGUUUGGGCUUCUGGAGUUAUCUAAGUGUUACGACGACAAUGUUGGCUAUCGAAGUAAUACCGUUCCUCGUGUUAGCCGUGGGUGUGGAUAAUAUUUUCAUUAUGGUGCAUGCCUAUCAUCGUUUAGAUCGGCGAGACUAUAAGAAUGUCGCUGAGGCGAUCGGUGAGGCCAUUGGGCGUGUUGGUCCAUCCAUUCUACAAACUGCGGCUUCCGAGUUUUCUUGCUUCGCUAUUGGCGCAAUCUCGAAUAUGCCUGCUGUAAAGACGUUCGCCAUGUAUGCGGCAGCUGCCAUUUUGGUAAAUUUCUUCUUCCAAAUCACUGCCUUUGUUGCUUGCAUGGCUCUGGAUGAGCGUCGUUCGGAGGCUGGACGUCUUGAUUUGUUCUGCUGCUUCAAGACUUCGAAGAAAGGCGAGUUGAGUGAUGGCCAGGACAUUGGUGUGUUGGAGAAGGUGUUCAAGACCUUCUAUGCGCCUUGCCUGCUGUCCAAGCCAAUGAGAUUGAUUGUCUUGAUUGCGUUUACCGUAAUCACCUGCCUAUCACUGAUGGUUGCCCCGUCCAUCGAGGUUGGACUGGAUCAGGAGUUGUCUAUGCCAGCCGACUCGCAUGUGGUGAAAUACUUUCAAUUCAUGACUGAAAUGUUAUCCAUGGGCGCACCGGUGUAUUGGGUACUGAAGCCGGGUCUGAAUUAUACCUACCGUGAACACCAGAAUGUGGUAUGUGGUGGUGUUGAGUGCAAUAAUAACUCUGUUUCGGUAAAGCUUUAUCAGCAAUCACGUUAUCCAGAGAUCACUCAUUUGGCUCGUUCCGCUUCGUCUUGGAUAGACGAUUAUAUUGAUUGGCUUGCUAUAGAUGACUGUUGUAAGAUUAACGCAACGGACGGCACUUUCUGCCCAAGCAACUCGAAAGAAGACGAUUGUAUAGCUUGUACGCGAGAGUUCACAGAAGAUGGUUUGCGUCCAACACCGGAAAUAUUUAGAAAGUAUAUACCUUUCUUCUUAUCUGAUCUGCCAGAUAGUGAAUGCGCAAAGGCUGGACGUGCUUCGUAUGCAGAUGGCGUCAUUUACACACUCGAUGAGAACGGCGACUCAACUAUUUUGGAUACUUACUUCAUGCAGUACUCCACAACUUCGACCACAUCCUUACAAUUCUACUCGGCGCUACGUGAGGCCCGUCGUAUCGCCGCCGAUAUAAACGCAAUGUUUGCUGAGCAAAACCUCGAUGUCUCCAUAUUUCCUUACUGUGUUUUCUUCGUCUUCUACGAACAGUAUCUAACCAUCUGGGAUGAUACGCUUUUCUCUCUUGGCAUUGCUAUAUUAACGAUUUUCCUCGUCACCCUACUCAUCACCGGUUUGGAUUUACCCUCUUCACUGAUGGUCACCUUUAUGGUACUUAUAAUACUGAUAAAUAUGCUCGGCAUGAUGUGGGCCUGGGGUAUAACACUAAAUGCGGUCUCUUUGGUGAAUUUGGUGGUGUGCAUUGGUAUCGGUGUUGAGUUCGUGGCGCAUAUUAUACGCUCGUAUAAAAAUGGCAGCGGCAGUAGGAAGGAACGUGCAAGAGAAGCGUUGAUAGUGACGGGCAGUAGUGUGUUCUCGGGUAUUACCUUAACGAAGUUCGCUGGUAUCAUCGUUUUGGGUUUCUCCAAAUCACAAAUAUUCCAGGUGUUCUACUUCCGCAUGUACCUCGGCAUUGUAUUGAUAGGAGCAGCACAUGGCCUUAUUUUACUGCCUGUUUUACUAAGCUUAUUCGGACCCUCGAGCAAGAAGGGUAAUAAAAGUAUUGACUUAGCUUAAUUUAUACUAAUAACGAUAACUAUGUUAUUGGGAAUAUUUCUACUUUAUUUAAGUUUUAUGGCAUAUUGACAUGUACUUUUCCCACUAUGCUAGCUUACAUUACACAUUAUACAAGGAAAAUGUCUAAUAGAAAACUGAACUGAAAAUUAAAUUAUACUAAAAAGUA